AAUGCCCCUCCACAACCUGAGCAACCCCUCAUCAGCUCGGGUAUCGCUCAUCUCGAGACACCUGCAACCCGCAACUGCUACAUCAACAGCCGUAAGUCCGCCUCUUGCCUGCCGUCCUGCACUGCUCCAAUUGAUCUUCCAAUCACUCACACACAUCACAACGAGACGCAGACACGACCAUUUUCCACCAUGUCUUCUCAACCGCCUCACCCAACCCUCCUGAUUCCGGGGCCCAUUGAGUUCGAUGAUGCCGUACUCCAGGCCAUGAGCCACUACAGUGAGAGCCACGUCGGCCCCGGUUUUGUAAACACUUUUGGCGAGGCCCUGUCGAUGCUGCGCCAGCUCUUCCAGACCAAGGACCCGCAGGCGCAACCGUUUGUCAUCUCCGGCUCCGGCACCCUGGGCUGGGACCUGGUCGCCGCCAACCUUGUUGAGGCCGGCGAGGACGUCCUUGUCCUGGCCACCGGCUACUUCAGUAACGGCUUCAGCGACUGCUUCAAGACGUACGGUGGCAACGUCACCGAGCUGAGGGCCCCCGUCGGCGAGCGCCCUCAGCUCCCCGAGAUCGAAAAGGCCCUGUCCGAGAAGAAGUACAAGGUCCUGACCGUCACCCACGUUGACACAUCGACCGCCGUCCUGAGCGAGCUCAAGGAGCUGACCGCCCUGGUCAAGCGGGUGUCCCCCGAGACCCUGGUCAUCGUCGACGGCGUCUGCAGCGUCGGCGUCGAGGAGAUCCAGUUCGACGAGUGGAAGCUCGAUGGCGUCAUCACAGCCAGCCAGAAGGCCAUCGGCGUCCCCGCCGGCUUGUCGAUUUCCAUGUUCAGUGGCGCCGCCAUGAAGUCGUUUGCCCAGCGCAAGACGCCCCCGGCGUCUUACUUUGCAUCAUUCAAGAACUGGACCCCUAUCAUGCAAAACUAUGAGGCCAAGAAGCCCUCGUACUUCGCGACGCCGUCCCCCCAGUUGAUCCACGCCCUCCACACCGGCCUCACCCAGAUCCUCGCCAAGCCCCUGUCCGAGCGGUUCGCCAAGCAUAAGGAGGUUUCCGAUAAGGUCAAGAAAGCCGUUGCGGACCUUGGCCUGAAGCAGGUUGCCGCGAAGCCCGAGAACCAGGCUCACGGCAUGACGGCCAUCUACCUUCCCGAAAGCGUCAAGGCCGCGGAGCUGCUGCCCAGCCUGGCCAAGAAGGGAAUCGUUUUCGCCGGCGGCAUCCACAAGGAGAUUGCGGCCAAAUACAUCCGUUUCGGGCACAUGGGCGUCAGUGUGACGGACCCUAACCGGAAGGAUAUUGACAACGCCAUCAAGGCCCUCCAAGAUAGUCUAUUUGAAGUUGGAUACCAGAAGGCGUAAGAAAAUGCGUGUGUUGAACAGCGUCUACUUCCGUAUUAGGUCUGACGUGGUAAUUGUCAAAGAAAUACAUAAACAUUCAGCUUAGAAUCAUCAUCUUGGCAGUAGCUCGAG